AUGUCUCAAACAGCGGUUCUCACCCAAACCGAAGCAUCGCUCCCGGGGGCCCAUGACUCACCGCAUCUUCUAGUUCAGUCCCAGCGACACCAUGACACUCGCACGGAGUCCCGGUCUCAAAGCUCGUUAUCUCGUGAAUAUGGUUCUACUGAGAAUAUCAGUGAUGACCAGCGCACAAAUUUAUCCAGGACCCGUGCGGUCAUCCUGAUUACGACCUUAACGGGCACCACCUUCGUGGGCAGUAUGAGCUCGGGCUUGCUGACCAUUGGGCUGCCUUGGAUCGCAGCAGAUUUGGGACUGCCGGAGAAUCUGCUUUUAUGGUAA